AUGAGACCAAACCUUGGUGCCUACGAAGGACCAGAUUUUCCAUCUCCUGUUCAUCCGAAGAUGCACACCCCGAAUUUCGAUGCGCUUGCUGCCAGAUCCCUGUUACUCAAGCGAGCUUAUGUCUCAGUGGCUUUAUGCAAUCCGAGCAGGACGGCCGUCCUCACCAGCAGGCGCCCUGACACAAGCCACAUCUGGCAAAACGAACUGUACUUCCGUCAGUAUGGGGGUAAUUUUACAACACUACCCCAGUAUUUUAAACAAAACGGUUAUAGAACCAUUGGAAUGGGGAAAGUAUUUCAUCCAGGAAUACUGUCCGGAGGUGACGAUCCUGUUUCAUGGACAGAUCCCUACACCCAUGCUCCUGAUGAUUACAUCAAAGUUGACAACGUCCUUAUAGAAGCAGUCUCAGAGGAAAGAGCUAAAGCACGACCACUUCAAGAUCAACUUCUGGCCGAGUAUGCCAUCCAGGCGCUUAAGCAGGUGGCCCCUAAAGCUAAAUCAGGUGAGCAACCGUUCUUUCUUGCUGUGGGAUUCCGUAAACCCCAUGUAACCUGGAACUUCCCUGCCCGCUUUAAGGAGUACUACCCUCUGGAAAGUCUGAGGCUGCCACCAAAUUACUAUGCUCCUGUAGGAAUGCCAGCCAUAGCUUGGCACAAUUUCGUUAAUCUGACUAGGUAUACAGAUAUGCAACCCUACAACGUGACACACACUGGCCAUAUUAACUUUACAUUUCCCGACCAAAUUACUCUUGAGAUGCGACAAGCCUAUUACAGCUGCAUAAGCUACAUAGACUAUGAACUUGGAAGGGUCAUUGCAGAGCUGGAUAAUCAGGGCCUGACUAAUAAUACUAUAAUAUCCUUCUGGGGUGACCAUGGAUGGCAGUUGGGGGAACAUUCUGAAUGGCAAAAGGAAACUAAUUUUGAAGAUGCUACCCAUGCUCCUAUGAUGAUUCAUGUUCCCGGAGUUACUGAUCAUGGUGUUGUCACUGAGAAACUUACAGAAUACGUUGAUCUGUAUCCUACACUCGUUGAAGCUGCAGGACUUCCAAAACUCGACAUGUGUCCACCAAACUCUCAAAAUGUCAGUCUGUGUACAGAGGGUACAAGUAUGGUGCCACUUAUGACGAAUCCUACAACGGACGAUUGGAAAACUGCAGCAUUCUCAGAGUAUGCCCAGAAAAGCAAUGUAAUCGACGGUGACGCAGUUAUGGGAUUCAGCAUGAGAACUGAAGAGUAUCGAUACACAGAGUGGAUCAACUUCAAGGCCAUGCCUCUGUAUAAACCGAUGUGGGACGAGCUGCAGGGAGUUGAACUCUAUGAUCACAUGAAAGACCCAGAGGAGAACUAUAACCGAGCAGAUGACCCAUCCUACAAAGACGUCAGGGUCGAAUUGUCAAGGAACCUGAGGCUGGGCUGGCGUGGAGCUCUUCCUAAUAGACGCGUCUGA